ACGAAUGCGCGUGGGUGCCAGCGAAUGUGGACGACCGAGCCAGAACCAGAAGGUCAAAGCAAAGCACAGACUGGAGGAGGCAAAAGGGAUAAGGCGCGCAAACAGAGGACGGAGGAUAGAUACGCCGGCGUGGCGGGACCGUGGGGGGCGGGGAACCUUUCAAGCCACUGCAUGACAAUUACCGAGGCCCUGGCUGUGGCUGUGCUUGUGUCCUUUUUUGGGACAAGCUUUUUGGUCACAUGACCGCGGGCUUUAAAUCAUGUGACAGUACGUACAUUUCGCGUCGCAUGAAACGCGCCGCCGAGAGACUUACUGCACGCGAUCUGUCAGAAUCCGCCCGCACUUGUCAUCCACUCAACUUGACCACCCACCACCCUAGACACAGCUCCCAACACACUCCAUCAGCCAAGCAUGUUAUAACCCAUUUGCAUCGCCUACACCUCUACAGCUUUCUGACAUGUCGGACUUUACAGACGCGGACACCAUUCGCAUCUUGGUUGCGACCGAUAAUCAUGUCGGCUACGAAGAACGAGAUCCCAUUCGCAAGGAUGACAGCUGGAGGACAUUCGACGAGAUUAUGAACUUGGCCCGUACCGAAGAUGUAGACAUGGUCCUCCUCGCCGGCGACCUCUUUCACGACAACAAACCAUCCAGAAAGUCCAUGUACCAGGUCAUGCGCACCCUCCGCCAGAACUGUCUCGGCAUGAAGCCCUGCGAGCUCGAGUUCCUCAGCGACGCCAACGAGGUCUUCGAGGGUGCGUUCCCCCACGUCAACUACGAAGAUCCGGACAUCAACAUCUCCAUCCCCGUCUUCUCCAUCCACGGGAACCACGACGACCCCAGCGGGGACGGCCACUACUGCUCCCUCGAUCUCCUCCAGGUCGCCGGUCUCGUCAACUACUUCGGCCGCAUAGCCGAGGCCGACAACAUCGAGGCCAAGCCCCUCCUUCUCCAGAAGGGCCAGACCAAGCUCGCCUUGUACGGCCUCAGCAACGUCCGCGACGAGCGCAUGUUCCGAACCUUUCGCGACAACAAAGUCAAGUGGUUCCGCCCGGACCUGCAACAAGGGGACUGGUUCAGCAUCCUCGCCCUACAUCAGAACCAUCACGCCCACACCGCCACCUCCUACCUCCCCGAAAACGUGCUCCCGGAUUUCAUGGACCUCGUCGUUUGGGGCCACGAGCACGAGUGUCUCAUCGACCCCUCCCGUAAUCCCGAGACGGGCUUCCACGUCAUGCAGCCCGGUUCCUCCGUCGCCACCUCCCUUGUCCCCGGGGAAGCCGUGCCCAAACACGUCGCCGUCGUCAACGUGACCGGGAGGGACUUCCAAAUCAAGAAAAUCCCCCUGAAAACCGUCCGUCCUUUUGUCACCAAAGAGAUCGUCCUCGCCACCGACAAACGCUUCAAGGGCGUCGACAGGAUCAAGGACAAUCGACAGGAGCUUACGAAGAGGCUGAUGAAGGUCGUCGACGAGAUGAUCGACCAGGCGAACGCGGAGUGGCUUGCUAUUCAGGAUGAUGACGAGGACGACAACAUGGAAGAAAGGCCGCUGCCCUUGAUCCGCUUGAAGGUCGAGUACACCGCUCCCGAAGGGGGUCAAUAUGACUGCGAGAAUCCGCAGCGGUUUUCGAACCGCUUCGUCGGAAAAGUGGCCAAUACCAAUGAUGUCGUUUACUUUCACCGAAGGAAAACGGCCCAGAGGAGCAGUGACAAAGACGCACCAGAUCUUCCCGAGGGCAUAGAGUCCUUGAGCCUCGAUACCAUCAAGGUCGAAGCCCUUGUCCAGGAGUUUCUCGCAGCCCAGUCCCUCAAGAUCCUACCACAGGCUCCCUUCGGCGAUGCUGUGAACCAGUUCGUCAACAAGGACGAUAAACACGCCAUGGAGAUGUUCGUCAGCGACUCCCUUGCCAGCCAGGUCAAGCAGAUGCUCGACCUCGACUCGGACGACGACGACCUGGAGGCGGCCAUGGAGAAAUACCGCGACUCGCUGGAAAAGAAGUUCUCCGCGGGGCUCAUCAAGCCUUCGGGCCAGCAAAUCAAAGUCAAGCCCAAGCCCGACUACUGGGACUCCGACCUCGACGGUCACUGGGAGGACCAACCCGGCGUUGUCGAGGUCGAGGUCGAGGUCGAGACCGCCCCGCCUGAAGACCGUCCCCGAAGAUCCGGGUUUGACGAUGGGGCGAGCGAGAUGAUGGGCGUGCAAGACGAAGUAGUAGACGCCCCGCCGGCUCGCAAAGCUCCGACGAAACGAGGCGCUGCCGCCACAGGUCGUCGCACUACCGCUACUGCUACUGCCAAAGCCGCGCCGGCCAAGAAAACAGUCGUUGGGAAGAAAGUCCCGGCCAAGAAAGCGGGUCCCGCACGGGGUCGCGGGAAGAAACAGCCAUUCCUCGACGAAGACGAGGACGAGGACGAGGAGGAAGAAGAUGUCGUGAUGGACGACGACCCGUUUAUGGAUGACGACGGUCCACCCCCCCGGGCGGCAGCAACAAGAUCGAAACGGUCGCAACCGACGCGAGCGGCUGCGGCUGCGGCCGCGCCCAAGACGCGACAGACUCGACUCAAUUUCGCGUCGCAGGCGGCGUCGCAGAAGGCGGUGGAGAUUAGUGAUGAUGAGAUUAGCGAUGAUGAUCCUUUUGAACCCGCCACUGCCACCAAGUCACGGCGGAGGUGAUAAUCCUUUUGUUGUUUCCCCCGAGAUUUGGCCCUAUUGGUGAAGGUUGAAUUUGGGAUCUAAGAACGGCGAUUUGUCAUUUUGCAUGGCGUUUCACACUCGAAGCAAGUUGAGGCUUCAAAGGAUCAUGGGGGUUUAGACGGCGUAGCCUUGUUUCCCUGCCUCGAAAAUGCAUAAACAGCACAAUAUAACUCACGACAUGAUGAACGCGCC